AUGGCUUUAUCACAAACACAUUUAUGUUCAGCCGUCAAUGAAAAUUCGGUUCUUUUCACGGCCUGUGCACAAGGAGAUUUACAAACGAUCGAAGCUCGUUUGGAUUCGGUUGCAUCAUCGGAUAUUUAUUCGAUUCGGGAUGAAAAUCAGGCUACGCUUAUUCAUUAUGCGUCGAGAUUCGGAUAUUUGCAUAUUUUAAAAUACUUUCUCGAAGUAAAACAUAUUGACAUAAGCCAACUAUAUACAGAACACGGCGCAACAUGUGUCCAUGAUGCAGCUGUUUGUAAUCAAUGGAAACUACUCAAAUACAUAUUUGAUUAUUAUAAAAGUAAUCUUACGCAAAAAUUUCGUUGGAGCGUACGAGAUAAAGAAGGAAAUACAACAUUGCAUCUUGCUGCUUAUUACAACUCAAUAGACGUUGUUCAUUAUCUAUUGGAAGAAGAAUAUGCCGAUCCUCACUGUCGAUCUUAUAGUGGCUAUCAACCGAUUCAUUAUGCUGCUGAACGUGGUCACGCACAGUCUGUACAAAUAUUAUUAAAAAAAUCACCAACUUUAGUCAACCAACAAACCAAUCAAUUGUUAACUCCGCUUCAUCUUGCUGCUCAAACUGGUUCAUUGGGAACCAUUCAAAUAUUAAUAUUAUACGGAGCAAAUUUCCAAUUGAAAGAUCAAUAUGGUUUAACUUGUUUGCAUUUUGCAUGUCAAAAUAAUCAUCUUAAUGUUGUUCAAUGGUUAAUAGAGACAAAAGAUGCAAAACUAGAUAAUACCGACUAUAUGCAAAAUACACUACUUCAUUAUGCUGCUAUGGGUGGCAGUGCAUAUACUAUUAAUUAUUUAUUGGACAAACGCGCAAAAGUCGUGCCAAAUAAUGAUGGAAAUACACCAUUGCAUUUUGCAGCAAAAUAUGGCCAACAAAAUGCUUGUAUCAUAUUAAUCGAACGCGGUGGUUGUUCUCUAACUGCUGUUAAUGGUGAACAUUUAACUGCUGCUGAUCUAGCUGCGAAUUCCGGUUAUAUAGCUCUUGCUAAUGAACUUCGACUCGGUGCGAAUCCUGCAACUAUUCAAGUCGAGAAAGCAACAGUUGUUCGAUUAGUAAUUAAAAAAAAGAAUGUUACACGUUCAGAUGCAGGCAAUCAAGUGAAUGAACAAGAUCUGUUAAAUACAGAACGGCAUUCGUCAGAUAAAUAUGCUCCAUGGCUUAAAAUGACCAAUCAAACGGCACAAGAAUUUCAACAGGAAUUGCAGAAUAUCCAAUUGAAUUUACGAAAAACUCAAAAGUCUCAUUUGGUACAAGAACCAUCGCCGAUUAAAGAAGAUAUAUCAACAAGUACUGAGCUGUACGACGAUUUAAACAAUCAAGAUACAAAUAAUGAAUCCAUACCGGAUUCAUUUGCUUUUGUCAUGUCAAAUGUUCAAUCAGACAUUUCACAAAGGCGUCGUUCUUCAAUUCAAUUUGGGCCAGAUAUUAUGAAUGAGGCUUAA